GCCUGUCUCCAUUUACUGCUGACCAGCCCCUCAAACUGAGUGGAGCUGAAAUACCUGCAGAUAUGUACAUGGGUAGACAUGUAUGGGAUUGUGGGUAUAGAUGAGUAGACAGACGGGAGGAUGGAUAAGUGGUUGGAUGGACCGAUGGAUGAAUAAGUGAACGGUUGCAUGGACUGAUGAUGGAUAGAUUGGGAAAUAAAUGGAUGGAUGGAUAGGUGGUUGGAUGAAUAAAUGGGUAGAUAGAUUGGUAGGUGGAUAGAGGAUGGAUAGUAGAGAUGUAAAUGGACAGAUGGAUAAUAGGUCUAUGGACAAAUGGAUGGGUGGAUGAUUUAGGUAGACAGGUGGAUGGAUGGGUUUAUGGACAGGUUAGGAGUAAAUGGACCAAUGGUUAGGGGAAUGGAUGGAUGGGCAGAUGAGCUAAUGAAUGGGAAGGGUAAAGAGUGGGAGAAGAAAUGACGAGUGGAGCUAUGUAUGGACAGAGAUGGGCAGAGGAUGUCACCCUGCAUGUGUUCCGGGUGGGAAGAGAUGGGCAGAGGAUACAUACAGAUAGAUUGGCAAACAGCCAAAUGGGGUGAACUUACAAAUGGAUGAAUGAGUGGGUGGGUAGAUUAACGACUAAGUGGACAGAUGGGUGGGUGGAGGGAUGGAUAGAGGAAUUGAUUGUGCGGGUGGGAGAAUGGGUGGAUGGGUAGGUGGAGGAAUGGAUGUAGAAAUGGACAAAUCAGGAGUGUGCCAAAUGGACAAUUGGAAGAUUACACGGGUGGGUAAAUCUUGGGUGAAAGGCUAGGCCUGGCCCUGCAUUACGGUGCCCCUGUCAUCACACUCCUUUAAUUAAGAUUAAGCAUCCCUGGUGUGUGCUGUGUCCAGUGCUAUCACCUUUCACAUCAUGUAAUGCUCCAAAUGACGCUAUCAAGUUGGGAUAAGUCUCUCCAUCUGACAACUGAGGAAACAAUGCAAGUCACUUGCUCAAGGAUGCAGCAAGUCAGUGGCAAAGCUGGGGUUUGAACCCACCCAUAGCCAGCCAGAGGCAUCCCAUAAUCAGUGCUCCUGUCAUCCAGAAGCAGAGCCCUCUAGCGGAGGAGGUGUGAUUUGAGGCCACUGGAUAUGGACAGAUAAGAGAGACUACCCCCUCGGAGUGGGGCCUGCCUGAGAUGGUAGGGGGGUGGGACCUGGAUUGUCCCCCUCUACAUUCCCUUUACUCUUAUUUCAUAUCUAAAAACAGGAAGUCCCGUGCUCCAGUCCCACAGCCGAAGUCUUAGAGCUGGGGCUGUAACCCAUGCUGCGCCCCUCAAGGGGGCGGCUUCGGAAGCUUGGCCAUCUAGAGAAACACUCCCCAGCAAUUACCCCCGACUCCUGGCUCUCCUGCCUUUCCACAGUCUGGGGGGCAGGGAGGGGACAGCGCUGCAUCAUUCCCUGUGGCACUCCGCUCUGGGGCCAUUAACAGACGCCUUCCCAUCGAUCGGAUCUGCUAAGUGCUGCUGAUUCAGGCGAGUGGGGGUGGGGGCCCCUGGGGGCAGAGCGGGUAGGAGCUGGGCAGGAAGAGAGGGGAGUCCAGGAAGGAGGUGGAGAGAAUUGGCGAAGUUCCCUGCCACCCCCAUUUUCCAGAUGACGCGACUGAGGCCCAACCAGCUUUGUAGGAGGCGGAGUCUCUCCAGGGUCCCUCUCUGGCUGUCCUAGGGGAGGGGGCUCAGGGAGCCACGAGGCCCCUCCCUGCCUCUCCAUCUCCCGGCAAGCUCGGAGGGGUGGGGAGAGAGAGCCAGAGGAGGAGGAGAACUCAGGCAGCUCUGCAGAGGGGGCCAGGAGCUCGGGUGUUUGGUACCCCCAGCCCCACCGCUGUUGCUGCUCCUGCAGCGGGGACACAGACACCCCCAGUUUCCUUGUUCGGGUGGCUCAAGGUGUCUCCAAGCCCCCACCAUCCUGGAGACAGCCACAUUCUCCUAAACGCCACCCUCACUAAGUCUCCCUGGGCUUGGGGAGUGGCACGAUGGCGGCAGGCCUGGCCACGUGGCUGCCUUUUGCCCGGGCAGCAGCAGUGGGCUGGCUGCCCCUGGCCCAGCAACCCCUGCCCCCGGCACCGGGGGUGAAGGCAUCUCGAGGAGAUGAGGUUCUGGUGGUGAACGUGAGCGGACGGCGCUUUGAGACUUGGAAGAAUACGCUGGACCGCUACCCAGAUACCUUGCUGGGCAGCUCGGAGAAGGAAUUCUUCUACGAUGCUGACUCAGGCGAGUACUUCUUCGAUCGCGACCCUGACAUGUUCCGCCAUGUGCUGAACUUCUACCGAACGGGGCGGCUGCACUGCCCACGGCAGGAGUGCAUCCAGGCCUUCGACGAAGAGCUGGCUUUCUACGGCCUGGUUCCCGAGCUAGUCGGUGACUGCUGCCUUGAAGAGUAUCGGGACCGAAAGAAGGAGAAUGCCGAGCGCCUGGCAGAGGACGAGGAGGCAGAGCAGGCCGGGGACGGCCCAGCCCUGCCAGCAGGCAGCUCCCUGCGGCAGCGGCUCUGGCGGGCCUUCGAGAAUCCACACACGAGCACCGCAGCCCUCGUUUUCUACUAUGUGACCGGCUUCUUCAUCGCCGUGUCGGUCAUCGCCAAUGUGGUGGAGACCAUCCCAUGCCGCGGCUCUGCACGCAGGUCCUCAAGGGAGCAGCCCUGUGGCGAACGCUUCCCACAGGCCUUUUUCUGCAUGGACACAGCCUGUGUACUCAUAUUCACAGGUGAAUACCUCCUGCGGCUGUUUGCCGCCCCCAGCCGUUGCCGCUUCCUGCGGAGUGUCAUGAGCCUCAUCGACGUGGUGGCCAUCCUGCCCUACUACAUUGGGCUUUUGGUGCCCAAGAACGACGAUGUCUCUGGCGCCUUUGUCACCCUGCGUGUGUUCCGGGUGUUUCGCAUCUUCAAGUUCUCCAGGCACUCACAGGGCUUGAGGAUUCUGGGCUACACACUCAAGAGCUGUGCCUCUGAGCUGGGCUUUCUCCUCUUUUCCCUAACCAUGGCCAUCAUCAUCUUUGCCACUGUCAUGUUUUAUGCUGAGAAGGGCACAAACAAGACCAACUUUACAAGCAUCCCUGCGGCCUUCUGGUAUACCAUUGUCACCAUGACCACGCUUGGCUACGGAGACAUGGUGCCCAGCACCAUUGCUGGCAAGAUUUUCGGGUCCAUCUGCUCACUCAGUGGCGUCUUGGUCAUUGCCCUGCCUGUGCCAGUCAUUGUGUCCAACUUUAGCCGCAUCUACCACCAGAACCAGCGGGCUGACAAGCGCCGAGCACAGCAGAAGGUGCGCUUGGCAAGGAUCCGAUUGGCAAAGAGUGGUACCACCAAUGCCUUCCUGCAGUACAAGCAGAAUGGGGGCCUUGAGGACAGCGGCAGUGGGGAGGAACAGGCUCUUUGUGUCAGGAACCGUUCUGCCUUUGAACAGCAACAUCACCACUUGCUGCACUGUCUAGAGAAGACAACGUGCCAUGAGUUCACAGACGAGCUCACCUUCAGUGAAGCCCUGGGAGCCGUCUCGCCGGGUGGCCGCACCAGCCGUAGCACCUCUGUGUCUUCCCAACCAGUGGGACCCGGAAGCUUGCUGUCUUCUUGCUGCCCUCGCAGGGCCAAGCGCCGCGCCAUCCGCCUUGCCAACUCCACUGCCUCAGUCAGCCAUGGCAGCAUGCAGGAGCUGGACAUGCUGGCAGGGCUGCGCAGGAGCCAUGCCCCUCAGAGCCGCUCCAGCCUCAAUGCCAAGCCCCAUGACAGCCUUGACCUGAACUGCGACAGCCAGGACUUCGUGGCUGCCAUUAUCAGUAUCCCUACCCCUCCUGCCAACACCCCAGAUGAGAGCCAACCUUCCUCCCCUGGCGGCGGUGGCAGGGCCGGCAGCACCCUCAGGAACUCCAGCCUGGGUACCCCUUGCCUCUUCCCCGAGACUGUCAAGAUCUCAUCCCUGUGAGGGGUAGGCCUGCUGAUUCAGAGGGUCCUCUUCAUUUUUGGGAACUCCUUUCCAAAGCCAUAUUUUUGGGAGGCAGAGAGGGGCAGGCUUGGGCACCCCUUCUGCCCCCCCACUGAGAACUAUGCAAUGGAGUUUCAUGAAAUGGUCCACAUAGUGGGGAAGUAGCCAGGAAAUGGGAAACUUCCUCCCACCCCAGACAUUUUUCCUGGUGGGAGCUGAAGCACUGGGCUUCCACAGGCCCCUGGCCUCCUUGCCCCAGCACACUGGGACUGGCCCCACUCUCCCAGCUGGACUCCUGCAUGCUCCUCCCCUUGGGCUCUCAGAUGAAGGCAAAGCUUUGAUCCGACAUCUGAGCUCUAGCCUAAGAAGGAGAGUUGAGAUUUCCUCCUCCCUCUGGCUGGGAUAUGGAGCUUUGGAGGUUCAGAGAAGAGAACCCUCACCUCUGAUCUGGCCUCUACGCGAGGUCCUCAUCUCCAUCUGGCCCAACAAUUCCCAGAUUCUGAAGCUUGGAAUGCAAACACAGGCUUCAUGGGCUGUGGCCUCUGCAGCGACCUGCCAUCCCCAGGCCUUGCCUGAGGGGUCAGGCUGCCUCUCCCAACACACACUCAGAUAGCACAAAUUCUACCAUCCCCUUCCCUGGCUGCUGGAAAUGGACCCCGCAACCCUGUCCUCUGCUGGGCCCCCAGCAAACUCUAGCAAUAGCAGCUGCUGCCGUGUCAUUAUGCAAAGCCUCUGACCAGUUUGCUGCAGCAUUUACAUCUGCCCUAAUCAGAGGGGCCACCUCUAACUCCUCCUGCUCCUCUCUUCUCCUCUGGUUUGCGUCCUUCCUGGGUUGGGCUGGAGUCUGGACUGGCUGAGAUAAGAGCCUGGCAACCAGCAAGAGCUGGGCUGUAUUUGGAGAUCAUGGGCUGAUUCCAUGUUCUUGGGCAACAGUCCAGAAGCAUCAGGGGCUCCGGCCUGGGAUGUUUCUGAACUUUGGGAGUUAUAGGAGACAGGAGGAACUUCUCCUCCUCCUCCUCUCCUACAAUUCCUUUUCACAUAUUCCUUUCUUCUCCUUCUUGGGUCACCUUCCAGAACUCUGCUCUCGGGCUGAAAUCUGGCAUCAUCUCAGGUUCCCUGUCCCCAGCACUGUCCCCAUGGAGCUGGCGGCUGACAAAGAUGUAGUUUCCAUCAGUCAAUAAAACCUGAGAGGAGAGAUGAGGA